ACUAGCUCUUCCCUUGAAAGCAUUGUGUUCACUAAUUAAUCAAUAUUACAAGCAAUUAAAAGCCUUAAACCUUCCACUAGUACGGGACCGGAUGGCCUCGCUUCGAUAAUUUUCAAAAACAGUGGGUGUUAUAUACCCCUGUUACUUCUUAAAUUCUUCUCAAUAUCUAUGGACACUGGCACUUACAUUAGUGAUUGGAAAACUAGCUUCAUAAUUCCACAUUACAAAUCUGGUGAUAAGGCAAACGUCCGGAAUUACAGACCCAUAAAUAUAACCCCAGUUAUCUCACGAAUCAUGGAGAAAGUUGUAAACGAUCAAUUGUCAGACUACCUACUUAGGGAAGAUCUUGUUACAAGGUCUCAACACGGAUUUCUCAAAAAUAGAUCCUGCGUUACUUGCCACUUCGACUUUUUCAACUGCAUCACUAGUAGUCGCGAAGCACUCAAGCUAGUCAUUGUUCUCUACUUCGAUAUAUCUAGGGUAUUUGACAUGGUAUCUCACUGUAUUCUCUUUGAGAAGCUGUACUCUUGUGGAAUUCGCAACCCAUUACUGAACUGGUUAAAAUCUUCUCUAAGCAACAGGGUACAAAUAACCAAAGUUGGAUCUGUAUUGUCUCAUCCUAGGCAGAUCUCAAGUGGGGUUGUGCAAGGUAGUGUCCUAGGUCCACUUUUAUUCACAGUCUACAUUAACAGCAUUUGCACGUGCUUCACCUCAAGUAAACCAUUCCUAUAUGCUGACGACCUCAAAGUCGUCUACUCCUGCUACACUCAUGAAUUAAGCGAUAUGGUUACUAAAAUGCAUCUUGAACUAAGUAGUCUCUCAACAUGGUGUGCUGAAUCCUGUCUGAACUUUAACAUUGACAAAUGCGGCUGGAUUUGUAUCGGAAACAGUAACCUUGAUUAAACUCUUGAAAUAAAUGGGCAAAAACUAGCUAAGCUCAACUCAGUCGUAGAUCUCGGUAUUAGAUACUCUAGUAACCUAACGUUCGCUGAACAGACUGAUUAUGCCAGACGUAAAACGCGAAGGCUGAUAGGAUGCAUAACACGCAAUUUCUUUUGUUGUGAAACUAGGGUUUUAUUAUACAAAGUAUGUGUCCGACCUAUCAUAGAAUACUGCCCGUUUAUUCUUAGCGGACUCAGACAAAAUGACAGGCUUAAAUUAGAGGGAGUGCAACGGCAGUUUACCUCAAGAACUCUUGGUUUAGAAAGUGGUCUGGAAUACCAUGAGCGAUGCGAAAGACUAAGAUUAGAACCCCUCUGGAAAAGACGUCUUAAGCUAAACCUUAUCUUUUACUACAAGCUAACUAAUCUUCUCUUGCAUUUCUCCGAGCCAAUAACUAAACCUAACGCUGUCAUCAGCCACAAUCUUAGAAAUCAUCACAACCUAGGUGAUACAGAGCAUUGUCAGACUUACAUGAGGUACAACUUCUUCUUGAGUAAGUUUUCAGUCAUUUGGAAUAGACUACCAGCUAAUGUACGCGAUGCAAACACACUUCCAGUGUUCAUCUUCUCAGUCACCAGACUGCUCAAAGAUGACAAUGCACUUCUACGUUUGACUCUUAU